AUGCCGACUUAUGUGCGCUUCCUUAAGGACAUUCUCACAAAGAAAAGAAAGCUGGGAGAUUAUGAAACUGUGGCAAUGACUAAGGCCUACAACGUUAUACUCACGAGUAAAAUACCUACAAAUAUGAAGGAUCCUAGAAGCUUCACCAUACCAGUGUUUAUAGGAGCGCAAAAGAUAGGGCUUGCACUGUAUAAGGAGGUUCCUAUCAUUCUAGGAAGACCAUUCUUUUCAACUGGAAGAGCACUCGUGGAUGUCCACAAAGGAGAAUUGACGAUGCACAUGCAAGAUCAAGAAAUGAAGUUCUCAGUGCAUGAUUACAUGAAGUUUCCUGCUGAAUCAGAAGAAUGCACAGUGUUGAAGAUUUUAGAUGAAGCUUUAAUGGAGGAAUAA